AUGGCUACACAAAAAGAAAUUGCAAUCAUGAAAUUUUUAUGUGUCAUAACCGUUCUAACACACCAAGUUUUGUUGGGCAAUGCGGAUUCUACACACAGGCUUGUGCCAGCAUUGUAUGUUUUUGGUGAUUCAACCGUAGAUGCUGGAAACAACAACAAUCUCAAGACACCUGCUAAGGCAAAUAUGUACCCUUAUGGCAUAGACUUCCCUAAAGGCCCUACGGGCAGGUUUACCAAUGGCAAAACCUCUGCAGAUAUUCUUGCUAUCAAAUUGGGUUUACCAAUGCCUCCACCAUACUUGGGUAUAUCUGAAACUGAGAGAUAUCAAGUUGUCACGGGGAUUAACUAUGCAUCAGCCUCGUGUGGGAUCUUGAAUUCGACAAGAGCUGGAGGAUGCUUGUCAUUGGAUAAACAAGUUGACUAUUUCACCUCAACUGCGAAGAAUGAUCUUCCAAGAAACCUUAAAGGCGAAAUUGAACUAAAACGUCACUUAUCCAAUUCCAUAUAUCUACUAUCCAUUGGUUCUAAUGAUUACGCUUUAAAUUAUUUGAAAUCUGCAAUGGCACCCAAUGCAAAGAUCACUCCACAACAAUUUGCAGAUUACCUACUCGGGCAACUAGCUUCUCGUGUAAAGAGAAUAUAUGAUUUGGGAGCACGAAAGUUUGUGAUCCUUGGCAUUGGACCACUUGGGUGCAUCCCUGAUAUUAUGAGAAAUACACAUUCAAAAGGUUGCAAUGAAGCUAUUAAUCAAAUGAUUAAGCCCUUCCCAGAUAAACUCUCAUCGAAGCUUAAAGAGUUGCAGACACAGCUCUCAGGUUCAUCGUUCAUUUCUUUUGACGGUUUCAAAUUCUUCCAACAAAUUAGAAACAACACAGAAAAAUUUGGGAUCACAAAUAUUUCGGACCCUUGUGUUGAGCUAGGAAGAAAACCUUGUGAAAAUCGGAAGCAGUACUAUUUCUUCGAUGUUGCACAUAUGAGUGAAGCCGCAAAUGAACUAUAUGCAAAGGAGUUUUUUGAUGGAACCCUAUUUCCUAUGAAUGUUAAGCAAUUAAUUGCUGCAAAUUAG